CCCAGUAAAGCAGCUAUGCAGACUUCAGAAAUCUUUCAUACCUGACUGAGGUCCCGAAGCACUUCAAAGAUGACCAGAAACAAGCAGUUUAUUUGUUUUUAGCAAACACUGCCACCCUCAGAGCGAGCUGUUACCCAGUGGAGUGGACAGACCGCCGGUAUAAAUGGGAAGGCUCCAGCAGAAUUCCCCACUUCAUCCCUUCCGCCCUGCCCACACCCAGCUGGGAAGCACCACGCUGGCACCAUGAGGGGCACGCUGCUGGCACUGGGCUGCCUCGUUCUCCUGCUGCUGGCACGGGAAGGGAGAGGCGAAGGGAACAAGGUGAGGCUCUGCGGGAGAGACUUCAUCAGGGCCGUGGUGUUCACGUGCGGCGGCUCGCGCUGGAGAAGGCACCGCGACCUGCGGGAGAGUGAAAACCCCCAGCAUUUCCCACACGAGGACGAGGGUGACGCUGACUUCUCAGCACACCCAGAGCCAAGGCUGGGGAUCCACAGAGAAGAACCCCAGGACGUCAAACCUGAGCAAGGCUUGCAAAACACCGGCAAAGCUCCUGUGCUCAACAAGCGUGAGGCGGCCGCGCUGCUCGCCACAUCCUGCUGCAACGUGGGCUGCAGCAGGACAGAGAUCAGCUCCCUGUGCUGAAAGGCAGCAGCUCGGGGGCACAGCUGCCAGGGAUUAAAAUAAUCAUGACAUAAACCACAGUCCUUCCAGCUGUGUUCUUUAAUUGCAGCUUUUGGGUGUUAAACGUCACAGUGCACCAGAAAGUGGUUUCAGGUUGUCUGCAUUUCACAGUGUUUACAGUGGGUUAAACUUUUAGUCAUGAGCACAUUAAGUAUUUCUUCCCAACUAACUACUGUUCUGGUUUCAGCUUUGCACCUAAAAUG